AUGCCCACUCUCUGUGAUGAUUUAAUGAUAAAUCUUGGCAGAACUUAUCAUAAGGAGGGUGAUAUGAAAUCAGUCAUUGAAAUCUAUCAACAAGCGGAAAAAAUGCAAAAUAGGUUAACAAGUGGUCGUGACAGAAGUGUACUUACUCUAAAUCUUUACAUGGCCGAGUCGUUCGCUGAAUCUGAUCAACGUGCAAAUGCAGUGAAAUAUAUAAAACGAGCGGUAGAGCUUGGCCACAAGCUAUUUGGUAAUCGUAAUCUCAGCAUUAAGUUGGCGGAAAUCUAUGCGUUUGCAGGCCAUGUAUACGGACUUUGCAGUUUGGAUGAUGAAGCCCUUUCUUUGUUAAAUCGAAGUUUGGAGCUGCUUCAAAUUCUACUUGGCGACAAGCCCCAUCCAGGUAAGAUGGAAAGAAUUUUUUUAGGUGUUAAAUAGCCCAAACGAUGAGAUCGAUUGCAAUAUGAAAUCAAGAAUAAGAAUGGCUAAAUAAUUUAAAUAGAUACGUGUGUUUAAAUACAAUGGCAUCGGUAAAGCUUGAGAGUUUAAUUAAGGACAAUUCUGCACGACUUCUGAAUCCGUUUGUUUUGGAAUAUUAAUCUUAAACCUUUUACUUUAUUUUUCUUUACUUGUCCGUUUAAUUUAAACAACUUAAUUAUCCAUUAGGUCUUUCCGCAUGUCAAACAGUAAAUUGAACUGACUGGUGUUUUUUUUUUACAUUCAGUUAAAGUGAAUGCUCGGAUGAGAUUGGGGUUUCUCUUUUAUCAAAAACAUCAAAUGAGUAAAGCGGUAGAAAGCCUCGAAAACGGUUUAAGACAAGCAAGAAUUGUCUACCACGGGAAAAACCGUCUCCCAAUCGCUGACACGCUAGCACACCUUGGAGCUGCACUAAGGAGUGAUGGAAAGUUCAAAGAAUCACUCGCGUAUUUUCAAGAUGCAAAAGAAGUCACAGAUGACAUCUUCGGACCAGAUUACGUGCACCCUAACACUUCGGCUAUCCUCAGUAAUUUGGCACUAGUUUGUCAAGAACUUGGUGAUUUGAAGCAAGCUAAGGAAUACGGCACCAAAUCCGUUGAUGUAGACAGAAAACUUAGUAAAACAAUAGAUGGAUGCCCAUCUGUUGCAUUCCGACUUCAUACCCUAAGUGAGAUAUGCCAUGCCAUUGGAGAGCAAGAUGAAGCAGUAAAGCGUUUAGAAGAAGCGAAAGCUAUUUUACAAGCGGCUAGUUCUAAACAUGCCCUCCUGGUGAUGAUAUUAAGUGAGUUGAUGAUACGAUAUUACCUUAUGGGGUCCAUGGACAAACUAGUAACGACUGCCGAGAACUUUCCAGAAAAUUAUAUUGAUCGUCUAAUGGAAAUACUCGAGAUGCUGACGAAUGACGAUGGAAGUCUCAUGCUCAGAUUUACCAACUAUAGAAAUUUUCAACAGUUACCUGCUUUGAUUCUAGGAAAGG